ACAGCGUCAUCCCUCGCACAGCAAACCCCAUCCCGCUUCGCUUCUGCAGCCCUGAAGGAAGGAUUUCGGCACUCGUCCACCACUCCCGCACCAUCUCACCAUUACCGCAACUCUCUCCCUCCGCGCAGCAUGUGAAAGAAAGCCACAGUGGAGCUAGGUAGGUCGCCGCGCACGCGUCAUUCCGCCCGUACAGACCGUCUCAAUGUGCUGGCCAUGUGAAUGCAGACUAAGACAUGUCCUCUAAGCGCUCCAGAGCCGCCUUCGAAGACCGCGAUACUCCCCCGAGCCACGCUCCAUAUGCACUAUACGGCACCCCGCUACCGCCCUUCGAUGAGCAGACGAGAGAUGAUGGCAGCUAUGUGCCCAUCUGGAAGCAAGAGGUGACUGAUGAGAGGGGCAGAAAGAGGCUGCAUGGUGCCUUUACAGGUGGUUUCAGUGCAGGCUACUUCAACACUGUAGGCUCCAAGGAAGGAUGGACGCCGAGCACGUUCGUGUCUUCGCGAUCCAAUCGCGCCAAGGACAGCAAAGAUGCGAAGCAGCAACGCGCCGAAGAUUUCAUGGAUGAAGAGGAUCUGGCUGAGCAGGCAGAGGCGCAAAAGCUGGAAACCCAAGGAUCCUCCGCUGGGCUGGGAACUGGUGGUCAAGAUGGAGGUGUCGGUGGCAUGUUCUCAGACUUCUUCAACAAUACGGGCGAGACCAAAGGCGUCAAAUUGCUUCAGCGAAUGGGCUGGCGGCAAGGUCAAGGGAUUGGCCCGAAAGUCAAAAGACGUGCGCAAGGCGACAAGACUGGCGAAAUGCACUUGUUCGCUCCCGAGAACACGCGCAUGAUCUCUUUGGUGCGCAAGACGGAUAAGAAAGGGCUGGGCUUCGAGGGCGAAGCCAAGCUUCGGGAAGACUCGACUGCCAAAGAUGAUGAUGAAGACAGUGGAGAAGACUCUCGAAUCUUGAGCCGGUCCAAGAUCGGACGGAAACCGAAGCCCCUCAAAAAGUCAGGCUUCGGCGUGGGCGUUCUCAACGAUGAUGGCGAGGAUGACGAAGAUCCCUAUGCUGUCGGACCGAGUAUCAGCUACAACCGAAUCAUUGGGCAAAAGAAGAAGAAAGGAGGCCUGGUCGCCAGCAAUGCCAAUCCGAACGUCAUCAAGCCGACAUUGCAGCCCUCCAAGAAGCUCGUUCAGCGUUCGACCAAUGUCAACAAUUUCCGAAAAUGCCAUGAUGGACGUCUACCUUUGGACGGUUUCGUGCUUGCGGCCGCCGCUUUGACCAUAACCGAGAACAAAUAUCCACCUCCCGAGGUGCCACCAGGUUGGAAGCCAGCAUUCCAGUCCUCUGCCUCAUCCGCAACAUCAUAUGUGUCGACCGCGGAUGCUGCAAAGGCUUCAACUCUAGACGCCAAAGGGCGUGCCGAACUGCUAGGGGAACAGCAGCUGCCCUCUAAAUCCAUCUUCGACUUCAUCACCCCGGCACAGCGCGACAAGCUCGCCUCAGCCAGUGGCCGUAAAGACCUUCCAGCCGCAUUGAGUGAAAAGGCCCCCGAAGGCUAUACCCAGAGUGAAGCUGAAAAACAUCGGACACUCUGGGAUCUGGUUCCUAACCUUAGCAAAGAAACUGCCGUUGCAGCUCUUGCCCGCGGCAAAACAGGAUGGAUGCCCUAUAGCGAAGAUCCUGGCAAGCGAGAACGAUACAAGUAUUUCCUCGAACUGUCCACCGGCCAGCACAACUCCCUUCCUUCGCGAGCCACAGGCACCAGUCUCGACGAAUGGGCCAACGAAUUACGAGAAUUCGCUGAAGCUGCGGAGAUUUUCAAACCUGCUUCGGGAUACAUGGCGAGUCGAUUCACUUCAGGUUCUGCUACGCCGAAACUCGCAUCCGAUGCGCCGGACUCUGCUUCGCAGUCCGCGACAGCGAAAGAAGAGGAUCCGGCAAUCAAAGCGGCAAAGCUGGGCAUGUAUGGACCGUUGACGAGGAAACGUGAACAUUUCUAUCCGACACGACUUCUCUGCAAACGAUUCAAUGUCCGUCCGCCAGCAAAUGUUGCGGCUGGGACUUCGGCUGCGGAAGAUGCUGCUGAGGCGAUGGAGAAGGCUGAGAGGCUGGACUUGGUGAGUAAGGUCAGUUUGGAGCGGAUGAUGAGGGAUGCUGGGAAAUUUGUGUCGGGAGGAACAGAAGGUGGGAAAGUUGAACAUCAUGAGCCCGGACCAGCGAGUGAGAAUGUGAGAGCUCAGGUCGAUGUGGAAAAGAAUAAGGCUCUGGAAGGAAAUCGGCCUGGAGAGGAUGUGUUCAAGGCGAUUUUUGGGAGUGAUGAUGAAGAUUGAAAAUAUUGUCAGCGCUGAGCAUUCCUGGCAUGUCCUUCAUCCAAACGCUUGCGCAAGACUAUAAUUCAUAACCAAGUAAUUCCCAGUCCUGAAGCACUACACGCCCCCCCAAAACAAAUUAGCCAAAGAUGGCCUCGACAAACAAAUUAGAAACUCGCCUACUCACCUCCCACAAAUUCCCAACAACCUCAUCCAACCCCGGCGCAAA